AUGCAGCAGCCUCCACUGCAGGUCUCCCUGUCUCUUGGGUCCAGCCCUCCUCUGUCAGACCCUCUCUCCAGAAACACAGGAGACAAGGAGAGAGGAGGAGACAAGGAGAGAGGUGGAGAGAAGGAGAGAGGAGGAGACAAGGAAAGAAGAGGAGACAAGGAGAGAAGAGGAGACAAGGAGAGAAGAGGAGAGAAGGAGAGAGGAGGAGACAAGGAAAGAAGAGGAGACAAGGAGAGAAGAGGAGAGAAGGAGAGAGGAGGAGACAAGGAGAGAAGAGGAGACAAGGAGAGAAGAGGAGACAAGGAGAGAGGAGGAGACGAGGAGAGAAGAGGAGAGAAGGAGAGAAGAGGAGAGAAGGAGAGAGGAGGAGAGAAGGAGAGAAGAGGAGACAAGGAGAGAAGAGGAGACAAGGAGAGAGGAGGAGACAAGGAGAGAAGAGGAGAGAAGGAGAGAGGAGGAGACAAGGAAAGAAGAGGAGACAAGGAGAGAAGAGGAGAGAAGGAGAGAGGAGGAGACAAGGAGAGAAGAGGAGACAAGGAGAGAGGAGGAGACAAGGAGAGAAGAGGAGACAAGGAGAGAAGAGGAGACAAGGAGAGAAGAGGAGACAAGGAGAGAGGAGGAGACAAGGAGAGAAGAGGAGACAAGGAGAGAGGAGGAGACAAGGAGAGAAGAGGAGACAAGGAGAGAGGAGGAGACAAGGAGAGAAGAGGAGACAAGGAGAGAGGAGGAGACAAGGAGAGAAGAGGAGACAAGGAGAGAAGAGGAGACAAGGAGAGAAGAGGAGACAAGGAGAGAAGAGGAGACAAGGAGAGAGGAGGAGACAAGGAGAGAAGAGGAGACAAGGAGAGAAGAGGAGACAAGGAGAGAAGAGGAGACAAGGAGAGAAGAGGACGUGGUUGA